AGCAGGGUCACUCACCGCGCCCAUCUCUGCUGUCUGAUGGCCGGAGCGAGAGCCUGACACACGGAACGCAGAAGAACCACUCCAGCACCGGAGAACGACGCGCGUGGGACGUACAGAAAGGCUAAAUUUGGACCGAGCGUUUGUUGGUCACAUUUACCACAAGGCGUUUGCGUGAAGCUUGCGUUAUUUGGGCAAGAAUCGGCGCGGUUGCAGCUGUCGCGGCUGCGGGUUCGGGGAGUGCCGCUCUCCGCUGACUGACUGACGGACUGUCUGCGGGUCGGGCAGCUGUGGAGCCCUCUUCGCUGUUUACAGUCAAUGAUACACACACAACGAACUGUCCCGAGAAAACACAGAUCAGUGCGAGCGGCAGUAAGCGGACGGAGUGAAGCCCAUCGUCUAGCAGAAGAAAAUGAGCGAACUCGACCAGUUGCGUCAGGAGGCUGAACAGCUGAAAAACCAGAUCAGAGAUGCACGGAAAGCAUGUGCGGAUGCCACCCUCUCUCAGAUCACAGCCAAUAUUGAGCCUGUGGGGCGGAUUCAGAUGCGCACUAGACGGACACUGAGGGGACACUUGGCAAAGAUCUACGCCAUGCACUGGGGCACUGACUCAAGGCUUCUUGUUAGUGCUUCCCAGGAUGGAAAACUUAUUAUCUGGGACAGCUAUACUACAAACAAGGUGCACGCCAUUCCUCUGCGCUCCUCGUGGGUGAUGACUUGUGCUUAUGCCCCGUCUGGGAACUACGUGGCCUGCGGAGGCUUGGACAACAUCUGCUCCAUCUACAACCUAAAGACCCGCGAGGGGAACGUGCGUGUCAGCCGUGAGUUGGCUGGACACACAGGCUAUCUGUCCUGCUGCCGUUUUCUGGAUGAUAACCAGAUCGUGACCAGCUCAGGCGACACCACCUGUGCUCUGUGGGACAUCGAGACCGGGCAGCAGACGACCACGUUCGCUGGUCACACCGGUGAUGUGAUGUCACUGUCUCUGGCCCCAGACACCCGUCUGUUUGUGUCGGGCGCGUGUGACGCCUCUGCCAAGCUGUGGGACGUCAGAGAAGGCAUGUGCAGACAAACCUUCACCGGCCACGAGUCCGACAUCAACGCUAUCUGUUUUUUCCCCAACGGAAAUGCAUUCGCCACGGGCUCGGACGACGCCACCUGCAGGCUGUUUGACCUGCGUGCCGAUCAGGAGCUGAUGGUUUAUUCUCACGACAACAUCAUCUGUGGGAUCACCUCCGUGGCCUUUUCCAAAAGCGGGCGCCUGCUGCUCGCCGGCUACGACGAUUUCAACUGCAACGUGUGGGAUGCUCUCAAAGCCGACCGCGCAGGGGUCUUGGCGGGUCACGAUAACCGCGUCAGCUGCUUGGGCGUCACUGAUGAUGGGAUGGCUGUGGCUACUGGCUCCUGGGAUAGUUUCCUGAAGAUCUGGAAUUAAAGCCGCAAGAUCGCAUCCGGACUCUUAAGGUUGACUGGAAGACCAUUCCAAAAUGAAAAUGUUCGAUUUUAUUCUCCUCUCUCCUUCUCAAACACAACAGAACUGACCCCUCGACAUCUAUACACGGCAAAAGAGCAAAAAUGUCUCCUUUGGAAAAGAAAAGAAAAGAAAAAAAGAGCACAAUUGUUACACUCAGCUAGAUUGUAGUUGGCAAGGGGAUUAAAGUUGAUAAUUGUGCAUCCUUCUGGGACCAUUUCUGAGAACAUAAAGACACUCAUUCCACUGCUCCGUCAUUAUGCUAACGUCAUCUCUCUUUAGCGUGAAAGCAGGCGUGUUUUCGUGCUCGAUAGCUUUAUGGGCCGUUUUUGGACCUCUUUGCCCCAGUCAGGAUCGCAGAUGUGCUUUUCUCUUCUAGUUUUGAAAUAUUUUGGGAUCAAAUUGGUAGUUAAAACUGUUAAAAUCCAUCUUUACGUAAAGGAUUUGAUCAGGGGUCCAUUAGCUGCUAUCAGGCCUGUAUAUUUAAUCCCGGGAAAUUUGAUUAACACAUUUUUUUUUUUUUUU